AUCAUUUUCAACCUGUCGAGACUGAAAUUUCACCAACAUGGAUCCAGUUUCCAUCAUCGCGAGCAUUGCGGGCAUCGCAACCGCGGGUACUGCGCUGUCGAAGGCCAUCUACCAGUUCAUUUCAUCAACCCGGGGAGCAUCAAGGGAAAUGGGACAAAUUGCACACACCAUUGUUGACUUGUCGAUAAUACUCAGAGAACUUCGUCGAGUGCUGAGGGAUGGCGCCGAGCUAUGCAACUGCAAAUUCUUACGGCGUAUUAAGUCUGUAGCACGACGUAUUUUGUAGAUUUACGGCGAAAUUCAUCAACUGAUAGACGGGAUCCGAG